CUUUAGAUUCAGUUACUAAUGGGUAUCUUCAUUGCCCUAAAUUUAGCGUCCUCUGUGUUGGUUGUAUGUGGAUUGGGAAAGUUAAGGUAUGAUACAGACAACAGUGAUAACGGGGAGAACGAACCCCUACUACAAGGGUCAACAGAUGGGAACGAAGAGUAUCAAACAAAAGAACACCAUGAAUCAUUUGAAAAUAUUUCUGGUCACUUUAAAGUAAAAUCUGAUGACAAUAAUGAUGAUCAAGUUCAGUUUAUUAGGAAUACGGAUAAUAUCAUCUCUAGUUACUCGCAUGAUAGACAGAAGAACGAAAACUGCAGAAAUAAAUAUAAAGAUAUAAAAGAUAAAGAUACUCCAAGUAACAUAACCAAAACGGCUUAUGCAAAGAAAAGUUGGUCCAAACGAUUGAGACCCGACACCUUAAUAGGAACAUUUCGGGUCAUGGUGGAUUUGAAAAUGACAUUGCUGAUCCCCCUCUCCGUAGUGAACGGUUGUAUUAUAUCUUACUCAUCCGCUGAAUUCCCCCAGGUAAUAUCCAUUGUUAUAGUUUUGAAUAGUUUAAGUUAAAUAAAAUUAGAUGACGCUACGUACAGGG